UUUCGAUACCAGCAUGUGUGAUGCAAGCAUCCCAUCAAAAGUUGAGCAAUAUGAGCAGUUUCUAAAUGAAAGAUUGAAGACAGACCUAAGUCAAGUAUUAGAUCAGAGGGACAAAUUAUAUGGGGAAGUAGCAGAAUAUUUACAGCUUAAGACUGUCAUCGAAAGAGUAAAGGAAUCAGAUUACAAAACAGAAGGUCUGAAAACUCAAGUGGAUCUAGGUUGUAACUUCUAUGUUCAAGCACAUGUUCCAGAUGCCUCUAUGAUUUUUGUGAGUGUGGGUUAUGGAUUUUUCCUGGAAAUGACACAUGAUGAGGCCCUGAGCUUUAUUGACAAGAAAGUCUCCAUAAUAAACGACAAGAUUGACGUCCACACCAAAGACGCUGCCAAAAUAAAGGCCCAUAUCAAGCUUGUUUUACAGGGUUUACAAGAGAUACAGAAUCUAGAUUUUGAAACAGAAAAACCUUACAGAGAUGUGUUAAGCUGAGAGAACCUCCUGAGGCUAAGACUUGAAAAGACCUACAUGUACUCCAUGUUAAAGAUGAUUCUGCAGAACAUCCAGAGGCAAGCCAUGCAGGCUAAAUGGACUAAACUAAAGACUGUGAUAAAGUCAAAGAGCAGUGAAUUAACAAAAGAAUCUAUGGAAAUGACUGUCUUUCUAUGCAUUUCUCUAUUCCAUUUUCGUUGGGGAAAUGAAAUUCAAGCAUAAAGUUAUUAAAAUUUGUAAGGUUAUUUCCAUUACUAUUUUCCAUGAUUUCUCAAUUUGCUUAAAAACACAAAGUUUGAGCUAGUUCAAGAAAGAUUUGAGUCAUCUUAAGGAUUCAUCAAUUAUUCACCAUUAAGCAACCUUUAGUUAGUGCAGUGUACAUUUAUCAUGAGUCUGAGAUAGUAUAAUAACUCAGUGUAUAGAAGUAUAAGAUUGGUCAGCUAGAAAGCUGAUAGUGGGAUUAGAUUUGGAAGGCAUCUCUUAAUUAAUGUACUUUUCAGAACUGCAAUUGAAAACCCAAGUCACUUAUACAUUAAUCCAGUGCGAUU